CCGCCGGAAUCCCGCAGCCGACCCUUCAAGGGAGAAAACACGUCGAUAUCGCCGACUUUCCUUACCACCUCGAGCGUGCCGAGAGUCAGCGUGGCGAUGGGAAGUUCCGAGCUCCAGCUCCCGAGGCAUCGCUUCAACGUCUCCAAGAUCGUCGUUCAUCAGACCUUCGACAAGGACCUGCUCACCGGUAACAUCGCCUUGCUCGAGAUAAAGCCGGCGGUCAGCUUCGUGGACUCGAACCUGCUGCCGAUAUUUCUGCCCAGCUCGGAGAAUUAUCAUCUGAAGGACGGGAGCAUGCUGCGCGUCAGCGGCUGGGCCAGGCUCCAGAAGGAGAAGUCCGAUGCAGCAGCAGCGGAGCUACACAGCCGUGGCUUCGAAUCGCAGCUGAGCGUGACGGGCGCCUCGCUCGUAAAUCAACGCACGUGCAUCCGCUCGAUGCCCAGCUAUAAAGCAGUCUCGGGAAAAAUGCUCUGCGCCGGCAACCCUAAUGCCAAAGAGACGUGCCAGGGCGACAUCGGAGCACCGCUAGCAAACCAUGACAUCCUCGUGGGCAUCCUCUCCUCGGCGGACGGCUGCUUUGCGUCGAGCUACCCGGCCGUCUACACGAAGAUCAGCAGCUUCCUGCCUUGGAUCGCCAAGAUCCUCUCGCUGCACACCUCCGAAUGACAAGACUGAAAACUACACACUAGCUCCUAAUCAUGUAAUAUUCGAUCGAUUUUCCGUACGCGUAUUUCUGCCAGCUCGCGCGUUGAGUAUUAUACACUAUUUAUUAUUAUACACCGACGCGAUUAGGCGGAAGCGCGCGCCAAUUCGUUGCGAUAAGUUCGCGCGAGUUCGAGCGGAUAGGCUCGAAACUCUGCGCUGAUUCAACUAUCGGACCAGCCCCCCACCCCCUCACUAUCUCCGAAAACUGCGCGGGAGUAUGUGCGCUCGAUAACCCGGAAAUCGAGCGAAAAAUAGCGUAUGUUUAUGCGAGCAGUGUAGCCGGACGCGAAAGAGAGAGCGAAAGGGGGGGAGGGCGAUAAGUCAUAAAUAGGACACGCGCGUCGCGAUCUGCGAAGCGCCGAGCGUUUAAUUUAUCGCCGCGAGACUAAUGCGCUGCAGCCGACUUCCGAUUGCCGGGAAUAAUUAGCCGCGUCACUGUCACGACAACGCGCGCGCUCGCGACGGGAAUGACUCCCCUCUCGUCGUUUCGUUCCGCGAGCAGCUGCGACUGCGUGAGAUGUAUACUUCGCUACCGCUGAUGGCCAUUCAUGGAUUCGCAGCUGUGAGAAAGCGAGGGACGCUGUGACGUAAUAAUGUAAAUCGAUAAAUUUCAAUUCAUAUAGUUUCCAAAACUAUUGCAUAACGUAUACGCGAUGUGCAAACAAUGCCGAGUCAAUCUAUAUUAUUUACGUGAGUGUGUAUCGCGAGUCCGCGUGUGCGAGAGGGAGAGAAAAGACACGAAACGUCCAAUAUUAUUUUCCGCCUGUGUGUUCUAUAAGCAAUUCGUCUGUCAGUGUUGAAAUUUUCCAAUUUCACGGAGAUUGCAGUCGAAACCGUUGUCGGAAUCCGAAAGGUGCUCGCGCGAAUCUAGAUAACGAAGAAAGCGCCCGCGCGCUCUAGAGACAGAGAAAUAGCGCCUCGUGCACAUACACACACACACACACACACACACACACACAAGCGGAAACCCGAAAGGAAACGGACGUUUCUCGUCCGGUAUAGCGAUAUCGAUUUUUUCCCGUGCUUUCUCUCUUCGGGUAUUAUCCGCGCACAAACACACACACCCACAUGCGCAUACACACAUAUCCGUACAGUCCGUGUGUAUCCGGGGGAUGAAAACGCGCGGGUCAUUCUCCGCUUUCGACAUAAUAAUUCUAUUUAGCGGCGGGUCUGCUGCACUUUUCUCGCCCAGUCUGGCUUGUUCCGCGCGGAAGAACAAUCUAAGCCCGAGCUUUUAAGAUUUUUCCCUCGCAGUUCCCACGGAGCGUAGAUUGAAUUUUUCUCAUCAUCGACGAAUUCAGCGUUAUCGCACAAACCGGAUGUAUACAGUUUGACGUGUUUAUCGCGACGUAUAAGAAGUGCUGGAUCUAGCCGAAGAACAGUACAUUUAUAUCUUUCGUGAUCUCUCGCGUCCUUUUGAAGAAGACUGGGAGAGAAAUGUCAUCGCUUCAACAAUAUCGAGUUAUGCCAAAUUGAUGAGUGACCACGAGACUUAUAGAGUAUUCCGUCUUGGUCUUCUCUUGGAUUUCAAGACCAAAAAUAGGAACUUAAAAAUUAAUGUAGGUACAAUAUUGUUUGUAAUAAAUAAUUUAUAUCUUAAUAAAGCAAUGUAAAAACAA